GGAGCUUGUCUCGGGACCUUUGGGCUCCGCCCCUGGGCACGCUCACCGAGGGCUAGACCACGCCCCGGGGCCCCAGCCACGCCCACCCCGCAGGACUCGGACGCGGCCAUGGGGACACCCAGCACCCCGGAGGAGGGUUCCUCGUCGCCGCAGGUUCCGGAAUGCACCGCCGAGGUGCAGCCUCAAGGGGCCGUGCAGCCUCAGGGGCACCCCGAGGAGCCCCAAGAGCACAAGGAGCCCCAGGUCCCCGCGGAGCUUCCGAGCUGCCGCGGAGCUGAGCGGCAGGCCGAGGAAGAGGAAGAAGUGGGAGAAGGAAGCAGCACUGAGAGCUGCCGAGAAGAGCCCGAGGCUACGCCUGCCGCACAGAUUCCAGCCACACCUUCCUCCCGGCUCGCUCCUGGGGAAGGGAUGCGAGGGGCUGCGCGGCGGCUGCGAGGUCAGCAGCUGGAGGCAUUGACCCGCGUGGCUCUGAUGGAGCAGCGUGUGAAGGAGUUACAGCGCCAGAAGAGGGAACUGAGGAUCGAGAUGGAAGUGGAGGUGGCCCUGCUCCGGGGUGAACUGGCUGGGGAGCGGGUGGCCGCUCGGAGAGAGGAGGAGCAGCUGAAGGAGCUGCUGGGCCAGCAGGUGGAGUCCCAGCCAAGCAGCCAAGAGCUGCGGGAACAGGAGCAGAGGCAGCUGAGCCAGGAGCGGGAUCAUGUGGAGCGUCUUCGCCAGAGACUGAGGGAGGCCCAAGGACAGCUUGAUUUGCAGCCGGAGGACCAGAGAGAAAGGCUCCUGCAGGGGGUCCAGGAGAUUGGAGAGCAGCUAGAAGCUGCCCAACGCGCCUAUGAAGACCUGGAGUUCCAGCAGCUGGAGCGGGAGAGCCGUGCCGAUGAGGAGCGGGACAGCCCUGAGGUCCGAGCUCCAGACUCCAAGGUCCGGGAACUUCAGGCCAGUGUGGCUCAGCACAGGCGCCGCAUCCAGGUUUUGGAGGAACAGCUCAAGACGCUGGGGGAGCAGAUGGCGGCUGAGAGCUGGGGGCUGAGCAGGAAGAAAGAAGAAGCUGUGCAGGCCCUCACGCAGGAACGGAGCCGGCUGUUUGAGCUCAAUUGCCUUCAGGGACCAUGUGGUGGGGACUUCUCUGAGCCUGACCAAGCACUCACCAAGCUGCUGUUCACACAGAAGACAGACCGUCAGCUGCUGGUUCUACAGGACCCUGCUGCGUGUGCUGCCUCCACAUCUUCGUGCCUCUUCUCCGUCCACAGCUCCCUACAGGGGUCUAUCGGUCUCCAGAGGACAGGAAGCCUGCCCCGGAGGAGGGGAGACAGGGCCAGUCAGAGGGGAUCCCCUCGACCUUUGUCCCUCCAUUGUACAGGACCCUUGGAGGCCUCGGCUCUUGCACAAGCAGUGGGGACUCCUGGGAGACCCCCUCUCUAUCAGCUGCUCAACUGUGGCUCUGGGAACAGACACUCGGCGCUGCACCCGGACAUCGCCCACAUGGAGCGGCUCCUACAGCAGGCUGUGGCAGAGAGGGAGCGGCUGCUGAGGGCCAGGGAAGGCAUGAGGAGAAGCCCAGAAGGUUCCACAGGCCCUUCAGUUCCUGCCAUCAUGGUCAGUCCCUCUGUCCCCUCUGGUCUCUUUGCUCUCUAGGCUUUUGCCUUUUUGCAUCACACUGUUUCCCGCCUUCCAAUGCAACCCAGUAAGGGUCCC